AUGGCUUCGAACUCUUAUUCCGUCCUCCUCCUCGGAGCGGGAUUUGUCGCCCGUCCCACGGCUCAAAUCCUUAGCGAUUCCGGUGUCAAAGUCACCGUUGCUUGCAGGACUCUCGAGUCGGCAAAGAGCCUCUCGUCUGGCCUUGCGAAUUGCACCCCCAUCUCUCUCGACGUUGAUGACACGGCAGCUUUGGAUGGAGAGGUUUCCAAGGUCGAUCUGGCCAUCUCUUUAAUCCCCUACAUUCAUCACACCAAGGUCAUCAAGAGUGCCAUCCGACACAAAAAGCAUGUCGUGACCACAUCCUACGUCUCUCCUGCUAUGGCGGCCUUGGAUCAGGAGGCUAAAGAUGCGGGUAUUUCCGUUUUCAAUGAGAUUGGAAUGGAUCCGGGCAUUGAUCAUCUUUACGCCAUCAAGACCAUUGCCGAAGUUCACGAAGCCAAGGGCAAGCUUGUUUCGUUCCUCUCGUACUGCGGCGGGCUUCCCGCUCCGGAGAAUUCGGACAAUCCUCUUGGCUACAAAUUUUCCUGGUCAGCACGCGGAGUCCUUCUGGCUCUGCGACGUACCGCUCGAUAUUGGAAGGAUGACAAGGAGAUUGACCUGCGUCCCGAGGAGCUGAUGGCUUCGGCAAGACCAUACCGGACCUUCCCUGGUUUCGCAUUUGUUGCCUAUCCGAACGGCGAUAGCGUCCCGUACAAACAGCGAUACAACAUUCCCGAAUGCCGUACCAUCAUCCGAGGAUCUCUUCGAUACGACGGAUUCCCCGAGUUGGCGAAGGUGUUUGGUGAUAUCGGAUUCCUCUCGGAGGAACAGAAAGAUUAUCUCGAUCCCAACUCCUCAUCCCCUCCAACUUGGGCCGAGGUCACAUCCAAGGUCAUUGGAUCCUCAAGCUCCAAGGAAGAGGAUCUCGUUCGGGCUAUCUCCUCGAAAAUUUCUUUCCGCGAUAACGAUGAGAAAGAACGCAUCCUCGAUGGACUGCGGUGGAUUGGAAUGCUGUCGUCUACUGAGAAGGCUACGGCUUCUGGUACGCCGUUGGACACGUUGUGCGCGUCUCUGGCGGCAAAGAUGGGCUAUGCUGAAGGAGAGCGGGAUCUGGUGUUUUUGCAGCACACCUUCGGUAUCGAAUGGGCAGAUGGCAAGAAGGAGACGAGGACCAGCACUCUUGUGGAGUUCGGUGACCCGAAAGGUUACACUGCCAUGACCAAGUUGGUCGGUGUCCCAUGUGCCAUCGCCGUGUUGAAGGUGUUGGAUGGAACCAUUACUAGGAAAGGUAUCUUCGCUCCAAUGGACAUGGAGAUUGCGGGACCUGUUAUGGCCGAGUUGGAGAGCAAGUACGGUAUCACUAUGAAGGAGAAGACCUUGUCCUUGCAAUAG